AUGCUUGUUUCGAAUGAUCACGAUGGAAAUGAACUUUCCCCACAGAGCUCGGCGGAUCUCCUCAACAGCCUCCAAUCCCGGACGAGAGCCUUGCUUCAGGAAUUUCAAUCAUAUCAGGCGCAUCUCAAGGCCCGAGGAAAGCAACAGCAAGUAGAACUCAGAGUCUUCAAAAGAGGGAUUGAGUCGGAGGUAAAAAGCUUGGAAAAGAUAGCUCACGUGCUUGCAACUUCUUACAGCAACCCUCCUUGUAUUGUCGACAAAUCAGACCUGCAAGAUGACGAAAGCCCACAACUGCACGCGCUGAGGAGCUCUAACCUACCCUUCUAUGAAGCGGUCUGGGGUAUCGCAAAAUCAUGUCGUCAUAUUACAGCUCUGGGUAAGAAAAUGUUCGUUGUCGGAAAUGACAACACUUUCGGUAAGGAGAUUCUGGAGGAUGAAUCGGUAAGCCGAAAAGCCAUUCUGAGGGGUGUGACGAAGAAAGAGACAUUGGUGGAUAUUGUUGCCGACAACGGAUUGCAAUGGGUCAAAAUCUCAACUUUAACAGAGAAACGACUCCUUUUUGAGAUGGCCAAGGAAGGCUGGGAAACCUAUGGAGAUCGUGGUGAAGAUAGCGACGCAGAAAACGGACAUACUCCUGGGACUGACGAUGGUAGCAGGGGGGGAGGUAAACUUGAACUUGUGCGACUUUGUGAAGAUCUUAAGACCGCGGCGCAAGAAGUCAGAGUCCAGUUUCAGCACCCACAGCUUCGGGUUGUCCUACCAAAUCUUCGCGAAGGUAUCGUCCCUGAUGUGGAUGCGUUCCUUGCCGACUUACGCGCAACUGGUGCCAUUGUCGAAUGCAAUAUGGAUAUCCACAAACUCGUUGAGGAGCGGCAGCUCGAUCUUGAAACCCUGAUCCCGACUGCACCAACGGUCCCUUUGACCAGCACCAUCAAUGUUGAUUGUACAAUAUUGCUGGCAUUAAUCUCUGACAUUUCACAUUAUCCAAGUCAUCAACUGCUGUCAACCUCUGUGCGCAAGUCUGAGACUUAUCACAAAGCGAUUGUGAACCAGAUCGAUUCCGAGGUAUCAUCGCCGAUGUUGCCCAACGACAUAUACCCUCUCCUUGCUGCGCGAGAUCUAGAAUGUACUCUGCACGCUGCUCAGAGGAUGCGGGAGAUAGUCCAAUGCAUGGGGACGCCCAGCGAAGUGAACCGCGCUGAGAUCCUGCUGGGUGAAGGGCAAUACAGAGAUCGACCCUCAUCGACCCUAAGGGAGGCUUUUGGUCAACUCUCGAUGCAUGCUAUUCCGACAACGAUGCGAUUCCCGGUCCGAGUGGUCGACUUCGACGUCAAUGCUCUCUUUGGCCCGGGAUCUACCUCAGUGGCGCUGAAUGUCGAAUCACGCCAAUCGUUUCCUACCUCCGUUGCUGCCCGUGUGAGGGAUCGGUUGCGGCUUACUCCUAUCAAUGCCUCGGUCUUCUUCUAUGGCUGGGCCAGCCAAAUUGUAACAUUAACAAGCAAUCGCACAGUGGCGAGCGAGCUUCACAAAGCCAUCGACGAUAUUUUGGACCGUGAUGAGAAGCAAGGGUGGCAGCAUGACACCGACUUCCUGGCACCGCUCAUAUGUUGUGAAACGGCGAGAAGUUUGAUAGGAAAGGCCAAAUUUAAGUAG